UUACUUGAACUUUUCCCUCCACUGCUGAGAAUAUAGCCUAGAUGCACCAUGGCCGACUGCUGCAGGAUCGUGAACUCCUUAGACCUGGAAUUAACUUGCCCAGUUUGCCGGGGCCUUUUCUCUGAACCGGUGACCCUACCGUGUGGCCACGCGUUUUGUAAAGCCUGCCUAAAGGAGUCUGCGACUCUCGUCAGCAGCGGCAAUGGUGGACACUGCUGCCCCAAAUGCAAAGAAAGUUUCCAGGGCCUCGGGAGCCUUCCAAAGAAUGACAUGCUUUGCAGAAAAGUAGAGGGCUACAAGCGCACUGCCGGAGACGGUGUAUCCCUGCCUUCACAGAGAACACAGCGUCAGCAUCAGGAAGAGGUUGGUCAGGAGACAACACAGCAGCAACAGCUGCAGCAGCAGCAAGAUGGUCAGGGUGCAGAGACUCAGGCUGGAGACUGUUGCCCCGUCAACCCUGAUCUUGCAUCAGCUCAGACAACUCGGGCUGCAAAUCAGGUAGCAGAGGUCUUGUCCUCUGUUCAACUGGAGGACACGGAUGUUACAGCAAAGCUGAAUCCCACCACACUGGCUUGUCACUCCACCGAGCCUGACCCAGCUUUGAAAAGGGAGGUUGAUGAGGGUAGAAUAAGGCUGUCUGGCUUGGUGGAAGAGCUGGAAGUCAAACUUGCCUGUGCAGCGAGUCUCUUACUCAAGGAGACCGAGAAGCAGUCCGAGGUCAGAACAGCUCACGGCGAGCUCUGGGAGAAGGUCAGUGUCCUGCUUCAGAAGAUGGCCGACUUGAUCGAGGCGUACCGCGAGACCGGAACGGAGCUGAUCGAGGCCCAACUGAAGCCCAUCGAAGACGACGUUGACGCCCGCGUCAGACACAUCUCCGGCGUCCACUCCUGGCUCAAGGACGCGUGGCUUCAGGCGGACGCUCUUCUCAAGGAACGAGAUGACGCCGCGUUUCGUCAGGGCCUCUCGGCAGUCGAGCCGCUGAUCUCAGGCCUCGUGAAGGUUCCCCUGGAGAAGGAGAAGGAGAAGGAGGACGCUGCCGCACCAGCCACAGCCUCGGCCAGACAAGAGCAACAGCCAGAGGAGUGUGCUGGCCGCCCUCCUAACUUGGCAUCCGUGUGCGCCGAGCUGGAGCGCCAGAACUCCCAGUUGCGGGCGGAGCUCAGUGCGGCCCAGAGGGAUCUGCGAAGCAUACUCAACCCCUCAGAGGUGACCUUUGACCCGGAGACCCUGCACCCGAGCCUGGUGCUCUCGGAGGACCUGAAAAGUGUGUCGUACAGCGCCGCCAAGCAGCCCUACCCCCCGCACGCCAAACGCUUCACCAGCUUCAUGCAGGUGCUCAGCUCACAGGUGUUCGGCGAGUCGUUCGGAGUGGCCGGCGGGGAGCACUGCUGGGAGCUGGAUCUGUCCGGGUGUCCCUCCUGGGUGGUGGGGGUGUGCUACGGCAGCGGGGGGCUGCCCCGCGUGGGCAUGGCCAGCGCCCUGGAGAGCAGCGCGGGCUGCUGGUGCCUGAUGUACUGCGACAACCUGCUGAGGGUGUACGAGCAGAAGAAGCCCACGCAGCUCAAGCGCACCACCUCCGUGCGAGGGGUCCAGGUGCGCCUCAGCUUCGCCAAGCAGUCUGUGGCGUUCUAUAUGGUGAGCAGCAUCGACGGCAAGAAGACACACCUGCACACCUCUGAGGUGAUCGCCUUCACUGAGCCACUGCACCUGGCUGUGAGGAUGAUGUCAGGGCAGCCCAAGGCACGCAUAACUUUAUUAAGCUCGUAGCCCCCUUACCAGGCACUGUCCUGCCCCACUGGGACGUUGUAAUAGAAAACAGAAAAAACUUAACUACCAUAGUACUACAACACCACUAUGACAGUACACAGGGCCUUUAGAAAUGCGUUACGACUUGGUCAUUGCCAUUCUGGUAACAGUUAAUUUAUAAUAAUAAAAAAAACGAACUACCAUAGUAGUACUACUACUACACCACUAUGACAGUGCACAUUCUGGUAACAGCUAAUUUAUAACAGCCCCAACUUAAGGGGUUAAUACAGUGCUCAACAUUUUGAAUAAUAUUCCAGUAAGCACACAAGCCAUUUUCAAAAUAUGCAUAGACUAAAUGUAAUACAUCGUCAGUUGAGCUUACAACAGAAAAUCGAAAUUAAUAAUACUUAAAAGGUAUUUCUAAAUUAUGCAUAGAAUUUCUAUGCAACAUUUGUUGAGAUUUCAACAGAAAAGUAAAGUUAAUAAUGUAAAUAACAAUAACAACAACAAAAAUACAUUUUUGCUAGAUAUCGGUGCAUAAAGGAGUGCACACCCUUGUGAAUACUGUGGAUAUUUUGUGUUGAAACUUUAGAAAUAUUGAAACUUAAUGUUAAAAGGUGUGUAACCUACUCGUUUAUGCUGGAUGCCGUAAAUGACAACUACUUUUCCUUGUCCUGAGUUCUUCACUGUGUCAGAUUUGAAGGCAUGGAUUUGAACAUGGUUGAAAUGUUACUAUAUUUUGUGAAAUUGUGCCACCAAUGACAGUCAAUUCUAAUUGACAGUUUUUUGUUUUGAUACCACAUUGUGUAAGACUUUAAGUUGUUUCUUGAAAUAAUUCAAUAAAGAUGAAAAAAACUA